AGCGCUCAUGCGAUCCACGUGACUUCCUGUGCAGUGCAUGCUGUCUAUGAUAUAACUUUUGUGGUUGCUAGCGGCCCUUUGCUACUCUUUGUGCGAAUGCAUCAGAGUGAGACGAUGUCAGAAAAUGGAACUUACGUGGUUAUACGGUGAAUAAGAAGUGUGGACGGUUGUCAAGACGCGAGGGCGUGCCCGGAGCGCCUUCUUCACCAGCUAUGCCUUCUGAAAAGAAGUCGUCGAGGUCCUCGCCCAGCGAACCUAAAGCAGGUGCGGUUCCUCAAAACGACACCGAUGUCUACGUGCGAACCCCGGGUAACCCGAUCCUCCAGCGGUUGUUCUCCGACAGUUCGGAGGCAGUCGCCGAGGACAGCAGCAUCUGCGGAGUGCAAGGUGAAGACGUUCCGUCUCAAACGGAGAGCGCUGACAGUCGCUGUCCGCCUCCUGAUGUUCGCGAUCGCAUGCGGAGAAAGUUGCGCUUCUUUUUCAUGGACCCGAUCGAAAAAUACCGAGCCAAGGGUCGGAUACCUUGGAAACUGUGCCUGCAGGUCACCAAGAUCGUGCUCGUGACGGUUCAACUCGUGCUCUUUGGCACAGACAGCUACUCGUACCAGCAGCAACACAGAGACACCACGAUCGCGCUACAUCGCAUCCUCCUUAUGGGAUGGGACAGUGUGCGCGAGAUUGCGGCGUACCCGCCGGCCGCUGGCCCUUACGCCGCGUACACCAAAUUCGAGUUCUAUAGGCACGUGGACAACGUAGUUCGACAGUACUCAAAUAUCACCACGACGGCCAUCGGAACGUUCGGUUACGAUUCUCCCAACGGGUCGCUGUCGCCUCUCGUCUUCUGCAAGACGUACUACCGCAAGGGCUACGUUUGGCCCUUCAACAACACGCUCCUCUUCGACAACUACCCCAUCAGGCGGUGCUUGCCGAUUCACGGACCGCCUGCGGGGGACCCGCAGUGGCGGACGUUUCGGACUGACGCUUACCUUAGCGCGCACAACUUCACUGUCAUCUUCGAACGCCUCAUACGGGUCGAGCUAAAGUUCACGCUCAAAACGGUGUACUUAAAGGGAUUGAACAGGUUCGACAGGCCCGAUUGCUACAAAUACAAUGUCACCAUUCACUACGACAACACCGCCCACGACGGACAGCUCCUCAUCUCGCUAAACAUGAGGUCUCGAAAACUCGAGUGCCACACUAACGUUCUCUACACCCAGACGAGCCAGUGGGCGUACGGAUUCCGCCAGGGUGUCAACAUCGUCGUCAUCCUCAAUUGUGCACUAUCCUUCUUUCUCUGUGUCAGGUCGCUUCUUCGUGGCCAGACCUUGCGGAAGAGGGCCGUGGCCUUUUUCGCGAGGUACGACCAGAAGUAUCUCUCCUGGUCGGACCAGAUGGCCUUCGUCGACUGCUGGUACGUUAUGAUUACCAUCAACGAUGUCCUCAUCAUUGUGGGUUCCUGCUUAAAGAUUCAGCUGGAACAAAGCAUAAUUGACGGUGAGCAGUACGACCUCUGUUCCACUCUGCUGGGCACUGGGAACCUGCUGGUAUGGGCCGGCGUGCUGCGCUACCUGGGAUUCUUCAAGAAAUACAACAUUCUGAUAUUGACAAUGCGGAAGGCUCUGCCCAACAUCUUGCGCUUCCUGUCAUGCGCUCUGCUACUCUACUGUGGCUUCUGUUUCUGCGGCUGGGUGGUCCUGGGACCGCAUCACAUCAAGUUUCGCUCGUUCAGCAUGACCUCGGAGUGUCUCUUUGCACUUAUGAACGGCGACGACAUGUUUGCCACAUUUGCCAUCAUGUCCGUACACAGCGGUAUCAUCUGGUGGUUCAGCAGGAUCUAUCUAUACCUGUUCCUCAUCCUUUUCAUCUACUGCGUUAUCAGCUUGUUCCUGUCCGUCAUCAUGGACUCUUACGAAACCAUUCGGGAGAUUCACGAGAAGGGGAUUGAACCGAGCGAUCUGCAAGUCUUCAUCUCCGAGUGCGGUGAUGACGCGUCGAGCACAGCUUAUCGGCAAGACGAUGCACGAAAGAAAAGGUGGAAUGGUUUAUCGGACUGCUUUGCAUUCCUGAGGCGUAGAAGUGGUUACACUGAGAUAUAAGCCACUUUAGGUCCUAGGUGCUUGGUCUAUGUGGAAUUGCUCGUUUCCUUGUUUUCCCGAUUAUUAGGAAAGUUAAGGAUGCAAGGUUUUGGAUUGAGAUCUGUCUUGCAUUGUUUGACUGCUAUUCAGGCAUGAGAAAGGCACAACAGCAGCUUGCUGUUAUUUCUCAUGAAAAAUAUAUUUUAAGAAAGCAAGGUGCCGAAUUCUGCCAAAUACUGCUGUUUGUGUCGUUCUCUAGUCCUCGACAUCUUGAACAAAAAAAGAACAGCAGUAGCUACACUUUACGUCCUAGACAAAGGUGUUAACUGGAAGCAAUGUAAAUAGAACAAUGAAUACAUUGGUGCCCUUGUUAGAAGCAGCUGCUGUGUUUGUUAGGCACAUCAUGUAAGCCACAGAAUCGACAUGUCCUCGAAACGUUUAUAGUAGGUUUUUUUUUCACCACAAAAAUAAACUAUGCAUUACCGAACUUUCAGUGUUUUCCCAAAUGUAGCACUGGCAGUCCAUACCUUUAUAGUUUCAGACCUUGCCGUUAUGUCUUUCAAAAAUUGCAAAUUAUUGACAUUUUGAAUAAGAAAAUGGUGGCCGUCGAAUCCGACAAAUGUGCAGAGAUGAAUCAUGUUGACUAUCAGGAACGGACCCCAUUUUUUCUUUAAAAGUUUUGUAAAAUCGCUUAUUAAGAUAAAGGUUAGUUUUCGAACCUUGUCCGGAACGCUUGCACUAUAUUUGGGCUAAGGCUGGGUGUGUGGCGAUGCAGUUUGCUUUUGUAGUGAAAAGCAACAAUGUUUUGUCGUGGAGACUGUUUUAUUUUUGCCCGCUAGUGUGAUCAAUAGGGCAGCCUUGAUCACUUCUUACAUCAGAGCUGUUAAGGGCUAGGUUCCCCAGGGUUGUGUCCGUGUAUGUCGACACAAACAUACCUGGACAGCUACCGCCAUCUAUAAGCGACGGUGGCAAGCACACAACCAGUAUGGUUUCCGCCGUCGCUUGUAGAUGGCGGCAACUUUUCCAGCUAUAAUAGAAGAAUGGAUAGUUGGGCGCGUUGGUGGGAAUUCAUCAUAGCAAACAGCACGAAAAACGGACUACGACGAAGAAGAAGCACACAGUGUAUCGAGUACAGCUCCGCUGGUUUUCCUAGCGUUGGGUCUUCCUUCACGGGAGUGAAAAGGCUGAUAGAUUUUUAUUUAAGUGUUCCAAAGUAUUCCAUUUUUGGACAGUAAUUUGAAAAUAUUUUAUUUGUUUCAAUUGUGAAAGAAAAAGUCUACUAUGUUUAUUAAAUUGAAUCUUUGUGGUAAGAUUUUGUAAUUCUCUUCGGCAGCACCGCAUCCAAUGUAAUUGACAUGCAUAAUGAAUGCUUAAUGUUUUUGUUAUUUUUUCUUAGUCAUGUACUUGUUAAUGUAACACUUGACAAUAAACUGUUAAGAAAAAUA